AUGACAUCUGAGAAGAAGUACGAUGCCAAAAAAGCAGCUUGUUGGGGUGCUCUGGAUUGGCUAAUCGGAAAAGAUCGUUCGACUCCACUGGUGGAUCUUCUUAUGAGAGUAAAUAGUGACAUGAAUGAGAACCUCAGUCGCUCCUUUUUUAAAGCUCUUCAGUCUAAUGGCAAUUACCUCCGAAUUCAGGCUGUGGUUGGUAUAACCGAAUCGGAAAUGGACAUGCACGAGGGCAACACUGGCAUCCAUGAGCGGGUCUUACUUAUAUCACUGGGGACUGGUAUGACAUCUGAGAAGAAGUACGAUGCCAAAAAAGCAGCUUGUUGGGGUGCUCUGGAUUGGCUGAUCGGAAAAGAUCGUUCGGCUCCACUGGUGGAUCUUCUUAUGAGAGUAAAUAGUGACAUGAAUGAGUACCUCAGUGGUUCCUUUUUUAAAGCUCUUCAGCCUAAUAGCAAUUACCUCCGAAUUCAGGACGAUACACUAAGUGGAACAUUGGCUUCUGUGGAUAUUGCCACAGAAGAAAACUUGAAUGAUCUUGUAAAAGUUGGAGAGGCAUUGUUGAAGAAACCCGUUUCGAGAUUGAAUUUUGGUACCGGUAAACUCGAGCCUGUUCAUCCUGAGGUUACAAAUGAAGAGGCUCUCGCGAGGAUGGCGAAAAUUCUCUCUAAGGAGAGGGCUCGGAGGCAGAGGGUGGUCGUUCACGAAAAUGCUGCUCUGCUCUCACAUAAGUCCUUAUUCUUGAGAUUGAACUACUGCAUCUGUAAAGAAGAACGAACCUAUGAUGUAGAUGGUUGGCUUGCUGCAUGGAAGGCGAGUGGCUUCAUGUCAUGGGACGCAUGUAACUUAAAAACUCUCCAGGCAGCUCUUCCAAAAGACCUUGAACAACAGAAAUUAAUAUGCCCACCUGUUACAUUAAUCGCACAGCUAUACGCCUUCAAAUAA